AUGCCUUACCUCCGGAACGAGAUUGACUCACCGGCUAACUCCGAGUUAAACUCCAACGCCUUCGAGAAACUUGUGCAAGACCUCAGCGUGGCCCUGGGCCCAAGCUCUGGUCUCGAUUCCGAUGACGUUGAUCCCCUGGCCAUUCAAAAGUUAAUGGAGAAAUAUGUCUCUAAUGAAUCGGAGUGGGGUGCCUUUGCCUUGGCUGAUGGGAGCAGAACCUACACGAGAAACCUGAUUGACGAGGGGAAUGGGAAGAGUAAUUUGGUAGGUCAAGCGUGCUGCAUGGGAGAUAUUUUGAAAUACCCAGCUACCAUCAGCUAUCAUUCUCUGUGUCUAUCUGAUUACGAGGCUAAAAUAAACCGCCAGCUAAUCCUCGUCUGGAGCCCUGGAAAGGGAAGUGCAAUCCACGACCACGCCAACGCCCACUGCGUGAUGAAGAUCCUGAAAGGAAACCUCCAAGAAACUCUCUACUCCUGGCCCGACACGGAGAGAAUUGAACACGGAGAGACCUCCCCACCGCAAAUCACCAAACACACCAUCUACGGCGAAAACCAGGUCACCUACAUGUCCGACAAGCUGGGUCUUCACAGAAUCUCGAACCCCGACCCGGACAACUUUGCUAUUUCGCUUCACCUCUACACACCACCUAAUGCCGCUAUCCAUGGCUUCAGUAUGUUUGAUGAGAAGACUGGGAAGGCGAGCCAUAUCAAGCAGAGUCAUUACUACUCCGUUCGUGGGAAGCGUCUCAGCGACGCAUAA